CAAAGGCGGGAGUUUGGGGGCGGGGUCCGGAUCUCAAUCGCGUUGUGGGGCCCCCGCCCCCGGCCGGGCCCUAGCAGCAGGUCCCCGCGCUGAGGGACACACUUUGGGAGUCUGCGGGAGCCGAGCGCGGUGAGAGCAUUGGCAGAAAUCCUACAGUAAGAGAGCAGUUUCCAGGAAGGUUUGUGCCUUCAGCUAUCAGAGAGGGAUUGCACUCCACCAAACUCAGCGGAGCCAGCAUUUCACAGAGCCAUGCUCAAGAGGACGUCAAAGUGGCAUGGCAGUGGUUAGAGAACCUGCUGGGAGUGAAUGGCCUCUGGCUGCAUAGGGACCUGUGGGCUUACUGCCUGGUGCUUCCAUGGAGACAGGAGGCCCUGGGUUGAACACCAUGCAGCCCCAGUCACUGCAGCUGGUGCUGGAGGGGCAAGUGCUAGCGCUACAGCAGCAGAUGGCAGAGAACCAGGCAGCCUCCUGGCGGAAGCUGAAGAACUCCCAGGAGGCCCAGCAGAGGCAAGCAACCCUCGUGAGGAAGCUGCAGGCCAAGGUGUUGCAAUACCGGAGCUGGUGCCAUGAGCUGGAGAAGCGGCUGGAAGCCUCUGGGGGACCAAUCCCUCAGAGGUGGGAAAGCAUGGAGGAGCCAAACCUGGAACAGCUGCUAAUCCGAUUGGAGGAGGAGCAACAGAGGUGUGAGAGUCUAGCAGAGGUGAACACCCAGCUUCGGCUGCACAUGGAAAAAGCUGACAUAGUUAAUAAAGCCCUUCGGGAAGAUGUGGAAAAAUUGACAGUGGACUGGAGCCGGGCCCGGGAUGAGUUGAUGAGGAAGGAGAGCCUGUGGCGGAUGGAGCAAGAAUUCUUCAAGGGCUACCUGCAAGGGGAACAUGGUCGCCUGCUCAGUCUAUGGCGGCAGGUAGUGACCUUCCGACGCCACUUCCUGGAAAUGAAGUCAGCCACUGACAGAGAUCUGACAGAGCUAAAAGCUGAGCAUGUGAGGCUUUCAGGUUCCCUGUUGACCUGUUGUCUGCGCUUGACUGUGGGAGCUCAGUCUCGAGAAUCCAGUGGAUCUGAGAGAGUGGAAAGGAGUGAGCCAUCCCAGCUGCUACUGCUACUAGCCAAAACGCAGGAGCUGGAGAAGGAAGCCCAUGCGAAGAGCCAGGAGUUGAUACACCUGAAGAGUCAAGGGGACCUGGAGAAGGCUGAACUUCAGGAUCGGGUAACUGAGCUUUCUGCUCUUCUGACCCAGUCUCAGAAGCAAAAUGAAGAUUAUGAAAAGAUGGUUAAGGCUCUGAGAGAGACAAUGGAGAUCCUGGAGACAAAUCAUGCAGAAUUAAUGGAACAUGAGGCAUCUCUUAGUAGGAAUGCCCAAGAAGAGAAGUUGUCUUUACAGCAGGUGAUCAAGGAUAUAACCCAGGUACUGGCCAUGGUGGAAGAAGGGGACAAUAUGGCCCAAGGCACUGGUCAUGAGAGCUCCUUGGAGUUGGACUCUAGUGGCCUCUCCUCCCAGUUGGACUCCCAGGACCCAGACAAGGCUCUUACUCUGGUGCGUUCAGUGAUAACUCGGAGACGCCAGGCUGUACAGGACCUAAGGCAGCAGCUUGCAGGCUGUCAGGAGGCUAUGAGCUUCUUGCAGCAGCAGCAUGAUCAGUGGGAGGAAGAGGGUGAGGCCUUGAGACAGCGGCUGCAGAAGCUCACUGGGGAGCGGGACACACUGGCAGGGCAGACUGUGGACCUCCAGGGAGAGGUAGACUCUCUCAGCAGGGAACGAGAGCUCCUGGAGAAGGCCAGGGAGGAGCUGCAGCAGCAACUGGAGGUGUUGGAGCAGGAGGCAUGGCGACUGCGACGGGCAAACGUGGAGCUUCAGUUACAGGGGGACUCUGCCCAGGGGGAGAGGGAGGAGCAACUAGAAGAACUGCACCUGGCUGCGCGGGAAAGGGAGCGUCUUCAGGAGACGCUGGUGGGCCUGGAAGCCAAACAGGCGGAGUCACUCAGUGAACUGAUCACUCUUCGGGAAACCCUGGAGUCGAGUCGCCUGGAAGGGGAGUUACUGAGGCAAGAGCAAACAGAAGUGACUGCAGCGUUGGCUAGGGCAGAACAGUCCAUUGCAGAGCUGUCAGGUUCUGAGAACAGCCUGAAGGCAGAGGUAGCUGAUCUUCGGGCUGCAGCUGUCAAACUCAGUGCCUUAAAUGAAGCUUUGGUCUUAGAUAAAGUUGGGCUGAACCAGCAGCUUCUCCAGUUAGAGCAGGAGAACCAGUCUGUGUGCAGCAGAAUGGAGACAGCAGAGCAGGCGAGAAACACUUUGCAAAUGGACCUGGAAGAGGCUGAGAGAAGCAGGGAAGCUCUGUGGGAAAAGAAAACUCACCUGGAGGUGCAGCUGCAGAAAGCAGAGGAGAGUGGGACUGAGCUACAGGCACAUCUCAGGGGCCUCUAUGAAGAGAAGGAAGAAAUUCAAGAGAAACUGAGCGAGGUGCGUCACCAGCAAGAGGCAGCCACAGCUCAGCUGGAGCAGCUGCACCAGGAGGUAAAGCGACUGGAAGAAGUGCUUGCCAGGGCAGUCCAGGAGAAGGAGGCCCUGGUACGAGAGAGGGCAGCUCUAGAGGUGCGGCUGCAAGCCGUGGAGCGGGACCGGCAGGGCCUCUCUGAACAACUACUGGGUCUCAGCUCAGCUAAGGAACUACUGGAGAGCAAUCUGUUUGAGGCUCAACAGCAGAGUUCUCUGAUAGAGGUCACCAAGGGGCAGCUGGAGGUCCAGAUUCAGACUGUCACUCAAGCCAAAGAAGUGAUCCAAGGGGAGGUGAGGUGCCUGAAGUUGGAACUGGACACUGAACGGAGCCGGGCAGAGCAGGAGCGAGAUGCAGCAGCCAGACAGCUGGCUCGGGCUGAGCAAGAGGGCCAGACUGCCUUGCGGCAGCAGAAGGUAGCUCAUGAAGAGGAAUUGUCCCGCCUGCAGGAGAAAUGGGAGAAAGAGUGCUCCCAACACCGGCAGGAGCUGGAUAAGGCUCUGGAAAGCCUAGAGGGGGAGAAAAUGGAGCUGGAAAUGAGGCUGAGGGAGCAGCAAGCAGAAACUGAGGCCAUCCGGGCACAGAGGGAUGAAGAACGGGCCCAGGCUGAGAGCACCCUAUGCCAGAUGCAGCUCGAAACGGAGAAAGAGCGAGUAUCCCUCCUGGAGACACUGCUGCAGACCCAGAAGGAGCUGGCAGAUGCCAGCCAACAACUAGAACGGCUGAGGCAGGACAUGAAAGUUCAGAAGUUAAAGGAGCAGGAGACUUCUGGGAUGCUGCAGACCCAGCUCCAGAAGGCUCAGCAAGAGCAGGAGGAGGCAGCCCAGCAGCACCAAGACAACCUUGCUGCCCUCCAAGAAGAGAGAAGCACCCUGCUGCAGGAUAAGACAGACCUGCAGAAGCAGGUGGAGAACUUGAAGUCUCAGCUGGUUGCCAAGGAUGACUCCCGGAGGCUGGUGGAGCAGGAGAUUCAGGAGAAACUGAGACAGACCCAGGAGGAGUAUAGCUGGAUUCAGAAGGAACUGGAGAGAGAGAAAGCCAGCCUAUCUCUGUCACUGGUGGAAAAGGAGCAGAGACUCCUUACCUUACAAGAAGCUGAGUCUUCUCGACAACAAGAGCUGAGAUCCCUGCGCCAGGACAUGCAGGAGGCCCAAGGAGGACAGAAGGAGCUCAGUACCCAGAUGGAGUUACUGAGACAGGAGGUGAAGGAAAAGGAAGCCGACUUCCUGGCCCAGGAAGCACAGCUGCUGGAGGAGCUGGAGGCAUCACGGGUCACCGAGCAGCAGCUGCGAGCUUCCCUGUGGGCUCAGGAAGCCAAGGGAGCCCAGCUACAGCUGCGACUGCGCAGCACAGAGAGCAAGCUUGAGGCACUCGCCUCACAGCAGCAGCCUGGACGCUAUGCCCAGGCCCAGCUGUCCAGCCUCUACUCCGUCCUGCAGCAGGCCCUGGGGUCUGUCUGUGAGAGCAGGCCUGAGCUGAGUGGCGGGGGAGACUCUGCUCCCUCCAUCUGGGGCCCUGAGCCAGAUCAGAGUGAGACAAGGAACCUUUCUAAAAGAGGGCCCCUCCUGACUGCUAUCUCUGCUGAGGCAGUGGCAUCUUCCCUCCACAAGCUUUGCCAAGAGCUGUGGAAGACUCAGCAGGCUCGGGAUAUUCUGAGGGAUCAGGCCCGGAAGCUGGAACAGCGUCUAACAGAUACGGAGGCUGAGAAUAACCAAGUCCACAUAGAGUUGCAGGAGCUACAGAGCCAGCUCUCAGAGAACCAGGAAGAGAAAUCCAAGUGGGAAGGAAAACAGAAUUCCCUAGAAUCUGAACUGAUGGUGCUGCGUGAAACUGUGGCAACCUUACAGAAUCACCUGCAGCAGGCAGAACAACAGAGACUAGAAGCCCAGAAUGAGCGCGAAUUACUUCAGGCAGCCAAGGAGAACCUAACAGCCCAGAUGGAACAUCUGCAAGCAUCUGUAGCAGAAGCCAGGGCUCAGGCAAGUGCUGCCGGGGUCCUGGAAGAAGACCUGAGAACUGCUCGCUCCGCCCUGAAACUGAAAAAUGAGGAGGUAGAGAGUGAGCGUGAGAGAGCCCAGGCUCUGCAGGAGCAGGGCGAGCUGAAGGUGGCUCAAGGGAAGGCUUUGCAGGAGAACUUGGCUAUCCUUGCCCAAACCCUAUCUGACAGAGAAGAGGAAAUGGAUACUUUGCAGGCAAAAAUCCGGGAACUGGAGAAACAACGGGAAAUGCAGAAGGCUGCCUUAGAAGUGCUGUCUUUGGACUUACAGAAGAGGAACCAAGAGGUGGAUCUGCAACAGGAACAGAUUCAGGAGCUGGAGAAGUGCAGGUCUGUUUUAGAACAUCUGCCCAUGGCCGUCCAGGAGCGAGAGCAGAAGCUGACUGUGCAGAGGGAGCAGAUCAAAGAGCUCGAGAAGGAUCGUGAGACUCAAAGGAACAUCUUAGAGCAUCAGCUUCUAGAACUUGAGAAGAAGGCCCAAGUCAUUGAGUCCCAGAGAGAACAGAUUCAGGAUCUGAAAAAGCAGUUGGUUACUCUGGAAUGCCUGGCCCUGGAACUGGAAGAAAACCAUCACAAAAUGGAGUGCCAGCAAAAGGCGAUUGAGGACUUGGAGGGCCAGAGGGAAAUGCAGAGGGUGGCUCUGACCCACCUUACACUGGACCUGGAAGAAAGAAGCCAGGAGAUACAGGCACAAAGCAGUCAGAUCCUUGAGCUGGAGAACCACAGCGCUUUCCUGGCAAGGGAACUCCAGGAGAGGGACCAGGAGGUGCAGUCUCAGCGAGAACAGAUUGAGGAGCUGCAGAGGCAGAAAGAGCAUCUGACUCGGGAUCUCGAGAAGGGGGACCAGGAGCUGAUGCUGCAGAAGGAGAGGAUUCAGGUCCUAGAAGAUCAAAGGACACUGCAGACCAAGAUCCUGGAGGAGGAUCUGGAGCAGAUCAAGCUGUCCCUGAGAGAGCGAGGCCAGGAACUGGCCUCUCAGAGACAGCUGAUGCAGGAGCGGGCAGAGGAGGAGAAAGGCCAAAUUAAGGCCCAGCGUGGGAACCUGGAGCACAUGAAGCUGAUCCUGCGUGACAAGGAGAAGGAAGUGGAAUGUCAGCAGGAGCAGAUCCAAGAACUUCAGGAGCACAAGGAACAGCUGGAACAGCAGCUGCAAGACCUACACAGGAAAGUUGGUGAAACCAGCCUGCUCCUGACACAGCGAGAGCAGGAGAUAAUGGUCCAGCAGCAACAGCUGCAGGAAGCCAGGGAACAAGGGGAGCUGAAAGAGCAAUCGCUUCAGGGUCAGCUGGAAGAGGCCCAGAGAGCCCUGGCUCAGAGGGACCAGGAGCUGGAGGUUCUGCAGCAAGAACAGCGUCAGGCCCUGGGGCAGGAGGGGUGUGUGAAGGAACAGGACAGCACACUCCAGGGAUCUCUGGAGCAGGCCCAUGUGACACUGAAGGAGCACCAGGGAGAGCUUGAAGAUUACAAGGAGCAGGUACAAAGGCUCCAGGAAGAGCUGGCAAUGGAGAGACGGCAGGUACAGGCCCUGGAGGAGGUUUUGGGUGACCUAAGGGCUGAGUUUCAGGAGCAGGAGAAAGCUCUCCUGACUCUCCAGCAACAGUGUGCUGAGCGAGCACUGGAGCAUGAGAUGGAGGCCAGGGCCCUGCAGGACAGCUGGCUUCAGGCAGAGGCCAUGCUCAAGGAACGGGACCAGGAGCUGGAGGCCCUGCAGGCAGAUUGCCAAUCCUCCCAGCGUCGGGAGGAGGCUGCCCGGGACCAUGCUGAGGCUUUGCAGGAGGCCCUGAGCAAAGCUGAGGCUGUCCUGCAGGAGAAAGAGCAGCAUCUCCUUGGCCAGGCAGAGUUAGGCCAUAGCCUGGAGGCCAACACUGCCACCCUGCAGGCCGCCCUAGACUCCUGCCAGGCACAAGCCCGGAAGCUAGAGGAGACCUUGAGGAUGCGAGAAGGUGAGAUCCAGGACCAGGAUCUCCGACACCAGCAGGCCAUGCAACAGCUCCAGCAGGCACUUGCCCAAAGGGAUGAAGAGCUGAGGUAUCUGAAGGAAAAGAAGCAGCUGUUGGAGAAGACUCUGGCCCAGAGGAGCCAAGAGCAUGUGACUGAAGGGAAGCAGAGUCUGGAGCAGGGAGGAGAAGAAAUGAGGGCCCUCCAUGAGAGUCUAAGGGAGCUACAGCUGAUGUUAGCCCAAAAGGAAGCAGAGAUCCUGGAGCUGAGGCAAGCCCAGCAAAGAAGGAAUCUAGAGGACUCACCCCACAACCACAAAGCCUCCCUGGUGGAAGAGCCAUCUCCAAACCUUGAUUCUCUAGGGCCCAGGCUGCAGCAGGAGCUGGAGCGACUACAGGCAGCCCUGAGGCAGACAGAAGCCCGGGAGAUCGAGUGGAGGGAGAAGGCCCAGGGCUUGGCAGUGUCCCUGGCCCAGAGCAAGGCCAGUGUCAGCAAUCUGCAGGAGGUAGCCAUGUUCCUACAAGCCUCUGUCCUAGAGCGGGACUCAGAGCAACAGAGACUACAGGUCUCAGGACUGGAGGCUGAGCCUAGUCCUGGAAUGGAGAAGCAGCUAUGGAGACAAAGACUUGAGCACCUACAGCAAGCAGUGGCUCGGCUAGAGAUUGACCGGAGCAGACUGCAGCGCCACAAUGUCCAGCUGCGGACCACCUUGGAGCAGGUAGAGCGGGAGAGGAGGAAGCUGAAGCGGGACUCCACACGUGCAUCCCGGGCAGGGGUCCUGGAAACCAGUGAAGCCAUGGUGCCACCACCCACACAGCAGGAUGGAAGUGGAGGACAGAAGAGCCGCUCAGAUGCCAAGCAUAUGGCUGAACUGCAGAAAGAGGUGUCCAUGCUGCGAGCCCAGCUAGCCUUGGAACGGAAGCAGAAGCAGGACUACAUCGCUCGCUCAGUACAGACCAGCCGUGAGCUAGCAGGCCUGCACCACAGCCUCUCCCACUCACUUCUCGCCGUGGCCCAGGCCCCUGAGGCCACUGUCCUGGAGGCUGAGACACGCAAGCUGGAUGAGUCCCUGACCCAAAGCCUGACAUCCCCGGGACCAGUCUUGCUGCAUCCCAGCCCCAGCCUUAGUGCUGCCCACACUGCCCCCAGGUAGCAGCCAGAGUUAGGUCAACCAGGGAGUACUCGGACAGAUGACUGUCAGGUGAGCCAUGGCCCCUCCACUCAGCUGCUGGUUUGCCAAAGGCAGGGUCUGGCUCCAUUACCCAACCCAGGAACCCCAGGCCAGCUGCCACUGUCAGGAAGCAGGAAGGAAAACCUGUAAGACUAGAGAGGGCCCAACUCACAUGGAAAUGAGGCAAAUUAUGUUUGCCUGUCAGCCUACAGAGUCCCCACAGGAAUGCCUUGCCCCUGCCAAGAGGCAUCCACUGCCUCUUGCCUAGAAUUUAUUAUCCCAGUACUUCACUUUCUCCUUCGUUUUCCCCUUCAACAAUAAACCCUGGGUCUUUACAUUUGUUCA